AUGACUUCAUCCCUCGAGACAGGUCAAGUCUUUGCCACUCCACCAGGUGCUGUUGCAAAUCUUUAUAUGAUUGAUACGACUGGCACUAUUGAUAAUCUACCCUGUGCUAAUUUAGUCACACCGGACUUGCCUACAUUCGAGAAGUUCAACAAGCUACCGAGUUGGGCAUUUCUGAUCGAAAGUGAUACUCCCCAAGGAGCUCGAAGAGUGCUUUUUGAUUUAGGAAUCCCACAGGAUGUUUACAAGCUUCCUCCAGUGGUAUCCGAGAGGCUCAAAACUAAAGGAUAUACCAUUGAUGUGUCUAAGUCUACUGCAAAGAUUCUGCACGAAAAUAAUCUCGACUUACGCAGUAUAAAAGCUGUGAUCUGGAGCCACUGGCACUGGGAUCAUCAGGGCGACAUUCAGCAAUUUCCCUCAUCCACGGACCUGAUUGUCGGCCCCGGAUUCACCAAAGAAUUCCUCCCUGCCUAUCCCAUAGGGCCAGAGUCACCCAUUCGGCAGGAUGACCUCGAUGGACGAAAGCUAGUAGAGCUCACGUUUGAAGAUUCGGAGACGAUCUCUGUUGGAAAAUAUAGAGCCUUGGAUUAUUUUGGUGACGGGUCCUUUUACAUCCUAGACACCCCUGGUCAUGCAGUGGGACAUUUGGGGGGCCUUGUGCGCACGACUAAAGACCCAGACACUUUUGUGUUUCUCGGUGGAGAUUUAACUCACCAUGGAGGCGAGCUUCGUCCUUCUCAAUACCUUAGCCUUGCAUCUGCUGCGGCAAGUGUGUCCAAAAAGGGGCGUGAGAAGGAAGCGGUCAACGCCCUUGAAUUGCUUCAAAAAUCGCGAGGACGCAAAAUCGAUCAGGCGUUCUUCGAUCCUGUCAUAACCUGUGAUUUUGACGAGGCCAUUAAAACAAUCGCAUACGCGCAGGAGGCCGAUGGGAAGGAAAACAUUUUCUUCAUCGCAGCCCACGAUGCGACUCUCAAGGGCGUAGUGAACGUCUUCCCCAGAAAGGUAAAUGAUUGGAAAGGACAGGGUUGGCGGGAGGAGACAUUAUGGAAGUUCCUGAGCGACUUUCAAGGAGGUGUACAAUUGAAGGAUGCCUUCAAUCAAGCCAUUUUGCAAUACAGUUGCUAG